CUUCUCCCGCAUUUCACGUGGAAAAAAAAAACAUAAAAAAUGCCAAACCUAAACUUACGCCGAUCCUCCAUUCUCCCUUCUCCUCCUCUCAAUCGCCCUUCCCCCGAUGUCGCCUUCCCACCGACCCCUGCAGGCUCCAACGCCAGGGUCGGUGGAGCAGGAGGAGGAGAAGCUGGAGGGGGAGAGAAGGACUUCGGCGGCGACGCCUGAGGAUGAGAAGGCCAAGGGCAAUGAUAAGGAAGAGGAGGAAGAAGAAGAAGGCGAGAAAAAUGUGAAGUCGCCUCUGCCUUCGGAGGAAGAGGAGUCCGAGGGCAACAGCGGGGAAGGGGACACGGAAGGCUAUGGGGAGAAAAUAGUAGAAGCUUCGGUGGAAGUUAAGGCCAAGGGCGGCAACGGGAAGAAGGCGAAGAAACAAGGGGGCAAGCAGGCAAAGAAGGAACCACUGUCGCCUCCGGAGGAGAUCGAGCUGCGCGUGUCCAUGCACUACAACGGCUGCGCUAGGAAGAUCAGAUGGUCUUGAAGAGCUACGAAGCAGGGGUGGCGGAGGUGGCGAGAGACUGGAGAGCCCAGAAGGUGGUGGUGAAAGGGAAGAAGGCCGUGGCCAAUCCUUUAAAGGUUGUGGAGCAUCUCGAGAGGGAAACCGACAAGAAAGUGCAGCUACUGACUCCUCUACCACCUCCACAGCCAGGGAAGAAGAAACCUAAAGCAAAAGAUCAGC